AUGAGUACAGGCAUACGCCCUUCGGGCCACCCAAUGAUAGACAACCCACUCAUUCACCAAGAGUACUCUCAAUUAGAGGCCGAGGUCGAGCAAUUUUACGAGCGUCUUCAGCUCGAAAGUGUCGUCGAUCUGAAGACCCUCAUCAAGGGUGCAAGCCUCGCAAAACAGCGAUGGGGUCAUGCUACACCCGGGCUUACCCCUUUGGAAAUUUUGACUAUAAAGGAAGAGAAUUCGGAGACUUCGCUGUCGUUCUUGCAUACUAGGGGCCUCCUUGUUACUAUUAUGGCAACGGCUUGUGCCGCAAUCACACAGGGAUGGCAGCAAUCAACAAUCAAUGGCAGCUCUCUUUUAGACUGGCAUGAAGCAUUUGACCUCGAUAAGGCCGAUGAACAUGAUUUGCUUUUGAUUGGACUCAUCAACGCAGCUCCUUGGCUUUCGGGAAGUGUUAUAGGGACGUGGUUGAGUGAUCCACUCCAAGAGAAAUUCGGCAGACGCCCUGCGCUUUUUAUUGCUGCGGUUUUUUGCGUCGCUCUUGUGAUAGGAACAGCUCUUUGCACUUCAUGGGAGUCACUACUCGUCUGCCGAAUAAUACUUGGUGUGGGGAUCGGAUCAAAAGCUUCAAUAGCUCCUAUAUUUGCUGCCGAAGCAGCGCCCGAUAGACAUCGAGGUCAAGUCUUAAUGUUGUGGCAACUUUUCGAUGCAUUUGGAAUAUUUCUCGGUUUCUUGUGCGCAUUUAUGGUAAUGGAAAAUUGGAGAGCGCUGCUGGCAACCGCGAUAAUACCCGCCAUCGUCCUUCUAUUUUUGGUGUUUAUAUGUCCCGAGUCUCCGAGAUAUCUGAUACAGAGGAACCGAUAUGCCGAUGCAUAUAAAAGCCUCCUAGAGCUCCGAGGAACUCCCAUCCAAGCUGCCCGAGAUCUUUACUAUAUUCAUGCUCAGCUUCAGACCGAGGCGAUCACAGUAUGGAAUCCCCAAGAAGGGCAAUCAUGGUGGUCAGAGCUAGAACAACUCUAUGCCUACCAAAAAUGGAUCAAACGAGGCAAUUUCUUCAAGCGGAUGAUGUAUCUCGCCACAAAUCCACGAACUAGAAGAGCGUGCACGGUAGCUUCGAUCGUGAUGAUAUCGCAACAACUGUGCGGUAUCAAUGUUUUAGCAUUCUAUUCGUCCUCGGUUUUCCAGCCCGAGGAUUUCUCGAGCUGCUUGUUUCCUGAACCUAGAUCCAUAAAGACUCAAUGGUACAAUUUCGGCUUUGGUCUAGCCAAUUUUCUUUUUACUUUCCCUGCAUACAGGUUUAUUGACUCUCGUGGACGCCGACCUCUGCUACUUGUCUCAUUUAUUGGGAUGUUUUUGAGUCUGAUCGCAGUCAGCGGCUUCUUCUUAAUCACCGACUGUUAUACUCGGUCAAUCCUGGUAGCAGUGUUCAGCAUUAUAUUUUUUGUCUUUUUUUACUCAAUUGGUGCUGGGCCCAUUCCUUUUACACUAAGCGCAGAGGUGUUCCCUCUAUGCGUGCGCGAGGUGGGAAUGAGCUUUAGUGUUAUGAUCAAUUUUCUUGGUCUUGGGAUUUUGGUACUUUUUGUGCCGUUGUUAAGCAAGGGUUUUGAUGGGCCGGCAAAUCUUCUGUUCUUCUUCUCGUUUGAACAUAUUGGUACUCAUCUUAAUUUUCUUCUUGUCCGGCGGGCAACAAAAGAACAGGUUCUGGACCACGCUCCGUUCCUACGUCCCCUCUAUCGGAAGUCAUCACGCCAGGAAGAUAGGGAGAGUACAACUCUCCAAGAUAGAGAAGAAGUAUGA